CGUUUGCAUCAUGGAGUUUAUCGGCUUCUCGGUAUUAACUAGGAGCACUUAUUACUUACAUAUAAGGAAGCAGUGAGCACCUUCCUUUACAUUCUACACUAGCAAGAAAAUCGAAUUUGUACAUUGGAAACGCCUAUCGCUGUACACUCCAAACAGCCCAACUGAUAAACAUCGAUUACAUACGAGGUACUAGUACGUGAUAGGUCGGAGCUUACUAGUAAAUUUCGUCAACCAGAAUAAUGCUUACGGCAUAUGGGAAAUAUCAGCCACAUUAAAAACUGACCGCGCCGACUACGAGAUGACCAGAAAAUUAUCAUCAGACGAAUUUUUAUUGAAAAAUGAUGAUGUUGACCAAAAUCGGCAUUUUCACUUCUGGCUAUACGUCUGUUUUCUUUCUUGUACAGUGAUUACGUUUGGUGCCCUGUUGACAUUCUUUGGAAUUCGAGUAUUGUUGACUGAGCCUCGAACACCACGAGUUUCAUUCAAGCUCCUGGCAACAAGAUCAUCAGCAUCAGUAUCUCUCUGGUCUCCCCAUUCUGGUAAUGGGAAACCCUUAUCAAAAAUAGACAUAACAUUCUCAGAAGAGUUGGGAAAUCCUAGAAUAUGUAAUGAAAAUGGAUUAGCUUUAUGUAUGAACUGGUUAGAAGACAAAGAUGACAAUCCUCAAGGACUGCUGCAAGUGAAAGAAAUUCCAUCUCAAGAACAGGAUGGUGUCUACUGUAGUAUGCAUGUAAUUACAGCUCCAGAUGAUAAAGACAUUAAUGCUUGUAUUCCACUACAAGGUGACCAACUGUAUGGUGGACCUGUCACAAGUACACAGUACUGGCCAUCCCAAAAUAACAAGAUAUCUGAUUCACCAUAUGUAACAGGGUUAGGAGGAAAUGAAGGUAUUGUAGAACCUUACUGGCUUACUUCUUCUGGGAAUGCUGUCUUUGUUCCACCAGAUGUGUCUUUAUUUGUUUCCCAAAAUAAAACACACCUGUGUCUUAUUAGCAAAAUAAAAGAACCAUAUCUGCCUGAUCAUUCUGGAGCAGUGAAGCUCAAAUACAUUCUGUGUUCAGGAACUGAUCCAGUUAUCACACAUCUUCAUACUAUUCGUAGUUUCGUUCCUCUUCCUCGUGACAUACCUGAUGAGCAAAUGUUUCGGCAUCCCAUUUGGUCUACUUGGGCAAGAUAUAAAAAGGGCAUUAACACAUUCAUUGUCAAUGAUUUUGCCAAACAGAUUCUCUACUAUGGUUUCAACAACAGUCAGCUGGAAAUUGAUGACAACUGGGAAUUUUGUUAUGGUGCAGCCGAGUUCUUCAACAAGACAUUUGAUGAUCCAAAGUUAAUGAUUGAAACUCUGAAGAGGAAAGGAUUCCGCAUUACUCUUUGGACACAUCCUUUUAUUAACAUAUACUGCCCUGCUCAUACCAUAGCCAAAAAUAAUCGGUAUCUAGCCAUGAAUAAAGAUAUGACACAGACUCUGACAUAUUGGUGGGAUGGUUUUGCUGGUGUUAUUAACUUUACAAACCCUGAUGCAGUUUCAUGGUGGAAGGGCAGACUACAGAACUUGAGCAGGGAGUACAAUAUAGAUGCAUUUAAAUUUGAUGCAGGAGAAGCUGCCUACCUCCCUGGAGCACCUGAAAUAGGUAAACUCGCGGGGUCUAUUCGCCUGCAACCCAACAUAUUCACUACAGAGUAUGUAAAAACAGUGGCUAAUAUGAGUGAGCUGAAAUUGGCAGAAGUUCGUGUUGUAUAUAGGAAUCAAAAUGAACCAGUCUUUGUAAGAAUGCCAGAUAAAUCGUCCACCUGGGGUGUUGAAAAUGGACUCAAAGCUCUAGUCACCAGCCUGUUAGCCAUGAACAUGGUUGGCUACUCAUUUGUCAUUCCUGAUAUGGUGGGAGGGAAUGGAUAUAUCGAUCUUCCAACCAAAGAAUUAUUUAUCCGUUGGCUUCAAGCAAAUACAUUCAUGCCAACAAUACAGUUCUCCUAUUCUCCAUGGGAUUUUGAUAAAGAGACUGUUCAAAUUGCAAAAAAAUUCACAACCCUCCAUUAUCAGUAUUCUAAUAAAAUAUUAGAACUGGCCAGAAAGAAAGUUUCAGAUGGUACACCAAUCAACCUCCCCCUCUGGUGGCUUGAUCCUACUGAUGAAGAGGCAUUAACAAUUGAUACAGAGUUCCUUCUAGGAAAUGACUUGCUUGUGGCUCCCAUCUUGAAUGAAGGAGCAGUUGCCAGAAAUAUUUACCUCCCUAAAGGAAAGUGGCAAGAUGAAUUACAACCUGGAAUUGUACACAAUGGCAAUUGCUGGUUAAGGAACUAUACAGUGCAGCUGGACGAACUUGCAUACUUCACAAGAAUAUCUUGAGGAAUACCAACUUCUGAAUAAAUCAAUGGCAUAAUACCAAUUACAAGACAAUAGCAGUCAUCUAAAUAAACUGACUAAACAAAACCUGAAUUAUGAAUAUAUUAUAGUAUCUUUGAAAAGCUGAAUGUUGCAAUGUAUUGGGCAUUUGUACUCCACGUUGUACUAUGUAUAUUCAAGGCUGGAAACAAUUUAAUAAAAUUCUGUGUUAACAUA